AUGUCACGACGACUCAUUACUGCUACUGGUGCUCAAAAUGUUGUCAAAGAGCCGGAUACAGUCUGUGUAACGUACCUAUCUACUUAUCUUGUCCCUGUAUUGUCGAAUGCUACGAGUUCUGUGCCGACAGAUGACGCGAACAAUACAUCGCGGACUCUUGAUGAUUCCUUGACAGCUUCUGCGACAUUUGAGUCUGACACUGAUCCGUCUCUCGAUCUGACUGAGACUUUUCAUCCCUCUCAGUCUCUUUCUGAUGACUCCAAUGAGCUUAUGACAACAUUGCUUACCACCAAUACGGGUCCAGCGGACUCGGAUCCCACGACAGCGCCCAGCCCCGACCAGCUCGUUGUCUUCCGCAUCGUUCCAGAUACUGAUAACUCAAAGCUGAGACGUCUCAAGAGAGCACUUGGGGGCUUUGUAGGCUCUACCUCGGAAAUAUGUCAAGAUGCUUCUGCGUUUAGCCUCUCUGACGGUCGCCUUCUUGACGACGGGAAACCGAUUUACUACAACGGCGAAGACUUCAAGGAACUGCGAGGUCAACAGGCGACACCACCUCUUGGGUCUGUUGAUACAACGUUUGCCGCUGAUGGUGGAUUCCUUCGGUUUCGUAGCCCCGAUCUGCCGAAGGGCGAAGCAGGCUUCUGUCAGAGCCCAGGAACUGGUCAGGUCUCCACCACCUGGCUGCGUCUCAGUCAGGCUAUCAGUUGUUGGAGCGCUGUCCCUACGUCAACCGAUCUACAGACGCUGCAGUCUACGGUGAACUCUAUGGCCACAUCCACCCCUUUCCGUACAGCCAUUGCUUCUGUUCCCGAAAAAUUCCUCCGACUUCACUUCGCCCACGUUACGAGUCUCAUUCUUCCGUCUCUGGAACCUACACAGACACCACCUGCGCAAACGAGUUCUUUUCGCUUUUCUAAUACUUCAACCAAUGCGUUCCCUACGGUGCCAAUCGAGACAUCCGAAGACCUGACUUUCACAAAUAUUCCUGGUGUUACAUUCGCACCAUCAGAUGAAGCAACGACAGCUAAUGUCUUACCCACUAGCGUAUUAUCUUCCGAACCACAGCUUACCACCGAGGACGCAACAUCCAGCUUCCCAGAGGCCACAACACUUAUGAACUAUUCAGAUUCGUGA